CGCUGACGUGUUUCCAGCAAUACAAAAACACAAAUCAGUUUAUCCACACACAACAUAAUUUAGCAUAUUUAACUGGGAAUGUGCGAAUCCGUGAUUUCGCCCACAAAAUAACAUAAUAAUCAUUUGGACUCCGAAUGAAAGUUGGCAACUGCUGAGAAACAACAACAACAACAACAACAGCUAAAUUAACGGACACAGCGGUUAGCACUGGGGUGAAGCGGCCACGGCAACAACAAACCAAGUGGAAAGCCAGCCGCAUUAAACUGUAGCCGUGGCCACAGUCGACUGCAAGCACGCAUUGAUCACACACACGCAUACACGCACACGUAUACACAUACCCAUUUGUGGCUUACGUUGAGGUUGGCCAGGUCAAAGAGGAGAGGACACAGGCAUAGACAUGGCGCUGCUGACGAUGAUUGCCCGUGUUAUUGAUGGCCUGCCGCUGGUGGGCACCAUGCAGGACGACGAGCAGAGCGGUCGCAGCAUCUUGGACUACCAAAAUCAGGCGAAAAUGUUAUUUCGCAAGCUGGGCACACACUCGCCGGCGCGCAGCAGCAUCGAAACAGGACCAUAUUUAUUCCACUAUCUUAUCGAGAACGAUGUCUGCUACUUGGUGAUGGUUGAUAAAAUGUAUUCAAAGCGCUUGGCAUUCAACUAUCUGGAGGAUCUGGCGCAGGAGUUUCACACAAGCUAUGGCAGACGUGUCAACUCGGUGACACGCCCCUACGCCUUCAUCGAGUUCGAUGUGUACAUACAGAAGGCGAAAAGGCAAUUGACUGAUCGCAGGCGCAACAUCAGCAACAUCAACACACAGCUGCAGGAUGUGCAGCGCAUCAUGGUUCAGAACAUUGAUGAUGUCCUGCAACGUGGCACUGUCUUGGCGGAGCUGGAUACAAAAACGCAAAACCUGUCAAUGAUGUCGCAGAAGUAUAAAAAGGAUGCCAAAUUGCUGAAUCGCAAAUCGAUGUACGUGAAAGCGGCCGCCGUGGGCACUAUAUUUCUAGUGUUUAUACUAUAUUUUUGGGUUUUGUAAUAUAUGUAUGUACAUACGUUAGACGCAUUAGUUGUUUAGUUGUUAAUUGUAAUUGGCGUUGUAGCGGCGCGGCGCAACGCAAUUGAUGUUUGUUGUCGUUGUCGCCGUGCUGUCAUCGUUGCCGCCACAGCGUCAUAGACGUCGUCGUUGGCAGCGCAGCAGCAGAUCGAAGCGGCAGCAAGUGUGCCUGCCGCUCAUUACAAAGGCCAAAAGACAUUUAAAUAUUUGAUAUAGUAAUUGUAUAACAGCAGCAGCAGCAACAACAACAACAGCAGCCUAGUUAACAAUAGACACUAAAUUGGAGGCAGGCUACUUUGAUACGCUUUAAAUUACCUUGCGUUGUGGGUUUAAAUUUAAUUUCCAAACAUGCACACACACACACACACGCCCAAAGAGGGGCAAAGACUAACGAAACAAUUCCAUAAAACAGCGAUAAUCCUCAACAGUCCCAUUGACUUCUGUUUAUGACCCUUUUUCAUAUCGCAUUCAAUUGGCUUGCGAGCGGAAUUAUAUUGCAUGCAAAAAUGUAAUUGCCGCAUUAAUUUUAUAUGUAACUUUUAUCUUUUUUUUUCUAUUUAUGGAACCUGCCAGGCAAUGAAAUUUUGUAAAUUGUAGAAAUCCAAGCAAAUGUGUGUAUAAAAUAAUUUGUAUAUGAUGCUAAUCAUGAUUAUGACUAAUGAUGGAUGGUAUGUUACAUCAAUAAAAUACAAUAUUAGGCAAUUUAUACAAAUUAUUAAGCAAUUAAAGCAAUCUAAAUGAGUUCAUUAA